AAAUUGCAACUUUUGACUUUGUCACAUUUGUCAAGUGUCAGUCCAUAAUCAAAAUUCGCCGUGUUCACACUUGUCUAAAUUGAGUAUAAAUGGCCACCGGACUCGUUUCUCUUCCCAUCGGCAUAGAUCUAGGGACGACGUAUUCAUGUGUCGGUGUUUUCUCGAACGGAACUGUUAAUAUCAUUGCAAACGACCAAGGAAACCGUACGACUCCUAGUUUUGUCGCUUUUACGGAUGUGGAAAGACUUGUCGGGGAUCCGGCGAAGGGUCAAGUGGCCCUGAACCCCGAAAACACCGUCUACGAUGCGAAAAGAUUAAUAGGACGAAAAUUCAACGACCCGGCCGUCCAGCACGACAUGAAACUGUGGCCCUUCCAAGUGAUUAACGAUAACGGGAAGCCGAAAAUUCGGGUCCGGUACAAGGGCGAAACGAAGACUUUCUUCCCGGAAGAGAUCUCCUCCAUGGUCCUUGGCAAAAUGAAGGAGACGGCGGAGGCCUAUCUCGGAACGCAUGUCACGGGGGCGGUUAUCACCGUCCCCGCGUACUUCAACGACUCCCAGAGGCAGGCCACAAAGGAUGCCGGGACCAUAGCGGGCCUGAAUGUCCUGAGGAUCAUCAACGAGCCCACGGCGGCCGCCAUCGCCUACGGCCUCGACAAAAAGGGUUCUACCGAACGAAAUAUUUUGAUCUUUGACUUCGGUGGAGGCACUUUUGAUGUCUCGAUUCUCAACUUGGCCGACGGAAUUUUUGAAGUGAAGUCGACCGCUGGCGACACCCACUUGGGUGGUGAAGACAUCGACUGUCGUAUGGUCGAUUUCUUCACUGAAGAGUUUAAAAGAAAGCACAAAAUUGAUUUGAAAAACAACAAAAGGGCUUUGAGACGUCUCCAGACCGCGUGCGAGCGUGCCAAAAGAACGCUAUCCUCAGCAACACAAGCCAGCGUCGAAAUCGACUCGUUGGCGAAUGGAGUCGAUUUUUACACCAAUAUAAGUCGUGCGAAAUUUGAAGAACUGAACGGCGAUAUUUUCCGGAGGACGCUAGAGCCGGUGGAAAAGGCGCUCCGGGACGCCAAAAUCGACAAAAGCAAGAUCGACGACAUCGUGCUCGUCGGCGGCUCGACCCGAAUCCCGAAGAUCCAGUCACUCCUCCAGAGUCUGUUCCAAGGCAAAGAACUCAACAAAUCAAUCAAUCCGGACGAGGCCGUGGCGUAUGGGGCGGCCGUGCAGGCGGCCAUCCUGUCAGGAGAUAAUUCAGAAGCCGUCCGUGAUAUCCUCCUCCUGGACGUGACUCCUUUGUCGUUAGGAAUUGAAACGGCCGGAGGCGUCAUGGCCGUGUUAAUACAGAGAAACACCACAAUUCCGGUGAAACAUUCACAGAUAUUUUCCACUUUCGCCGACAACCAGCCCGGAGUCUCGAUCCAGGUGUACGAAGGCGAGCGCAGUAUGACGCGUGAUAACAACUUAUUAGGGAAAUUCGAGCUCAUGGGGAUACCGCCGGCUCCGCGAGGUGUCCCGCAAAUCGAGGUGUCGUUCGACAUUGACGCCAACGGUAUUCUUAACGUAUCAGCGGUCGAAAACGCCACCGGUAAAACCAAUCAAAUAACCAUCAGAAACGACAAAGGGCGACUCACGAAAGAGCAAAUUGAGAAAAUGGUCACCGAAGCCGAAAAAUUCAAAGAACAAGACCAGCAAAUGAAGGCCACGGUGGCGAGCAAAAAUGACCUGGAAGCCUAUGUGUACCAGAUGAAGAAUUUGGCAGACGACCCGACUGUGGCGUCGAAACUAUCACCAGCUGAUAAAACACUCCUGAGUAACACAUGCAAGGAGGCAGUUGAGUGGAUGGGCAAAAAUCAGAGCGCUACCGAAGAACAAAACGUGCGUAAGAAGGAAGAAAUCGAAAAUAAGCUAAAACCGAUCAUUAUGAAAUUGUACGCGGGGCCUGGACAAUCAUCGCAAAGGCAAUUUCCAUCCCACGACAACAAUAACAGGGGAAAUGGACCGAUAAUUGACGAAGUUGAUUAAUUUUUUAAAAUGCUUAAUUUCCGCCUGUUUUUGAAAUUGACGCGAUCGGUAACAUCACUCCCUACAAAUAUGGAACAUAACCAAAAAUUGGUUUCAGAGUUCAUGAAACUCGGAAAUGUUAGCAAAAAAGACGCAAAUGUCGGCCUUCAAGUUUAUCUCGAGCUGUGUGAAGUGAGGAAGUAUUGGGAUGUCGUGGCGAAAUAUAACCCCGAGGCGCAGUUGCUUUACU